AGUCUCGGACGAAGAAAUCCGCAGUUAGUCGGAGCGUGGUGCUUUCAUUGACUGCCGGCGACAUUUCUGACUCUGUGUCCUCCGUGGGGGAAACUAGUCAACCAGCUUCGCUUGGACGACCUUCGUCCUCAGCGCCCGCCAGAAUGGGCGUUCUGACGUACUGCGUAGUUCUGGCUCUUGCCCUGAUCGCCGUUAUUCAUGGCCAGCCAGAUCCUGGUACGGGCUUCAACGCCAAGCUAAGCAAGACUCUGACGAUCAGAAAAACCGGCUGGACCUCACUGACUGGCUACAGCACCGCAAAGGACGGAGCUAGACUGAAGUUUGUUCGCACGGGCUUCAACUUUGCCAACGGCGUGUACACCGUGCCCAAGUCGGGAGUGUAUUUUGUCAGCGCACAGGUUUCCAUCCAGAAUGGCAACGUUGGCUACUUCCGGCUGCUGGUCGCCAUCAACAGCCAAAACAACGUUCAUAACUCCAUGCACGCCAUCAAGUCCAAUGCCAAGUGGUACAUCUACUCCAUGCAUGUCAAUGGAUUCCUGUACCUGAGCGAAGGUGACACCAUCGUGGCAAACGUGUUCUCGCAGCGGGACACGCUCUUCCAGAUGCUUACCACGUCCUCCUUCAGCGCUAUGUACAUGGGUCCAGUCUUCCAGCACGUUGGUUUCUCAGCUGACCUGUGGGGCAGUCGAAGUUUCCGCAAGACCGGCUGGUCUGAGAUCACGGGCUACAGCACUACGGCCUACAACUACCUGUGGAACAACGGCGACGGGUUCAGCACGAGCAGCGGCCGGUUCACCGCUCCUUGCGACGGCGUUUACUACGUGGCUGGUAACAUUCGCAUGGAUGGCGCCAAUGGCAACUACUUCCGACUUGUCGCUUCUGUCAACGGAUCUUCAAACACUAAUGCAGGGCUUGCAUCAGUUGAAGGAGUCCCACGCGCUCCUUACUACACACAGAAUGUUGGAGGUGCCGUACACCUGAACAAGGGUGACUGGAUUUCUCUCUGGGUCUACUCAGAUAAUGACAAUACUUUUGUCAUGCAAUCUGAGUCUAGCUUCCACGUCAUGUUUCUGGGUCCUAGAAGCGCCUCAGCACCAGCGUUCAUGGCAGAUCUGAACAGGGUGAUCACCAUCCCAAACACCAAUCCGUACAAGUUGACUGUUUACCGAACCACUGGCGCACCCGGUCUCUAUGCCACGAGUGGCUUCAACGCUGGCUCAGGCACGUUCUUCGUCCCUUUCACUGGACUCUAUGCCGUCAGCUUCCUUGUGCGCUUCAACAAUGCCAAGGGUCUGACGCAGGCAUAUAUCAAUGCUGGAGGACCAUCCGCAGGAAAUAACUAUGUGUAUGCAUCUCGAUCUUGGGCAACGUCUAGAGCAAUGGAUUCCUUUACACUGAAGGGCAGCGCAGUGGUCUAUUUGACUCAGGGCAACCAGGUUUCAGUGUAUGUGCGAUGCGCUGUGAAAAAUUGUCAGAUCGGCACCGAGUCAUCCUUUAGUGCGGCCCUUCUGGGACCAAACUUGCCUCAUCCAGGCGUACACGCCGAUGUUGCCAGAGACACGAGGAUCACAACCAAGUGGGCGAAGGCGAGUGUGUGGAACACCGCCUUUGCCACGGGCACUGGACUGUAUGCCACUGAUGGAAACUGGGACGGUACGCAGUACAUCGCUGCAACUCCAGGUAUUUACUAUGUGGCAUGUAACCUGCGUCUGGAUUAUGCCACUCGGUCACCGCUGACCCGUGCCACCAUUGCCAUCAACGACAAGUACGACUAUGCACACGGCAUUCAUGGCGUGGAUUCAUCUGGCGCUGCUUUCGUCACUUUCACAAUGUCUGGCUUUGUCCGCCUGAAGUCUGGAGACACUGUGUCUGUUUGGGCGUACAGUGACGACACCAGCUACACGCUUAGUACGAUGAGUGGAUUCUCUGUGAACCGCAUGGGCUCUGCCUUUGACCUGCCGUCCUUCCUCGCCGACCUGAACACCAAUCAAACCAUCUCCAAGACCGUCUACACCCCACUGGCAAACUGGAAUGCAAAUGCUGGUUACGGCACGUUCACCACAGGAUUCAGCUUUGACGAGCCGAGUGGUGUGUUCACCGCCCCGUAUACAGGCAAGUAUGUGGUGACGGCCAACAUUCGCUUCGACAAUGUCAAGGCCAACGCCUACUAUCGCGUGGUGAUCUGCCCGUACACAAGUGCCACUGCGUUUUCCUGCAGCGUGAACAGUGGACUUCACUCAAUCCGAGGAACUCUCGCCACUCCACCAAAAUACUUCUCUGAGAGUGUACAAGCUACCAUUCCGCUGACCGCCGGCCAGAGGAUUGGUGUCUUUGUUUUUGGCAACAAAGUGCCGUACACCGUCAACAGUGAGAGUGGUUUCAGCGCAUGCUUUAUCCCUGGAAACCCGUACGGAUUCAAUGGUGAUCUUAAUGGCAACUUCAACCUGGCGCCUACUUCUGGCAGCACUUGGAGAGAGGUGAGGAGAGCCUUUAGAGUCAAAGACUCACGCACGCCUCAGCUGUGGUCCACUGGAUUUACCCAGGCUACUGGCUCAAUGACCAUCCCAAGCGAUGGCACCGGUGUCUACAUAGUGUCAGCAAACAUUCGCUUUGACAGGGCCAGUGGCAACAACUUCCGCCUUCUGAUUGCUAUCAACGACGUGAGGACCACGGCUAAUGGCCUUAGCUCCAUGCAGGGAACACCUGUCAAUACCUACUUCAGCCAGCAAGUGGUCGGAACUGUUUACCUGAAGGGCGGCAGCCGCAUUUCCCUCUAUAUUUACAACACAAGAACGACUGCGACAUUUUCCCUACAAUCGGAGAGUGGCUUCUCAGCUGUAAUGGUAUCGGGCAAUCAGUACACUCGCCCAUCAUUCUUGGCUGACUUGGUAUCGACCGUGAACAUUAUAGGUACUGGGUGGAAGUUGGUGACCAAUUACAUGUUCCAUUCAGCGCAAUUCUACACUUGGGGUCUGCACAAGUUUGGAAAUGGAACAUUCAGCAAAGGAUACUAUAAAAUACCCCAAUCCGGAAUCUGGUAUUUGUCUGGAAAUCUGAGACUAAACGCUGCUGGUGGCCGCUACACCCGUCUCGUCCUGGCCAUCAAUGGGCAAUACACUCUGAAUGGUGGACUACAUUCAAUCACUGGCCCUCCAUCGGCCUCCUACUACACACUUCACGUGGCUGGUGCCAUCCAGGUGACCGCCGGACAAACCAUCAGCAUGUGGCUGUACUCAAACAGUGAUCCCAGCUACUCUGUCGACACAGAGUCAUCCUUCAGUGCCUUCUUCCUUGGAGCUCCCAAUUUGUUCCCUGGAUUCAAUGUUGACAUGGCUGGCAGUGUAAGGCGAGGCAGAGGUGUGCAGAGGCCAGCCUCUUUCCGUACCACUGGAGCAAAUGGCCUCUUCUCAUCCGUCCCAGCAACCAACCUUGACUUGAGAACUGGUACUUUCACUGCACCGUAUGCCGGAGUGUACUUGGUCUCGUGCAGCUUGCGCCUGGACAAUGCCGGCACUGGCUAUUUCCGCACUAUGAUCUCGAUCAACGGCUCGCUGAGCACCACACAGCCAACACUCUCGGCUGUCAAGUCUGGCAGCCUCCACGCCUCCUACCAUACAACCAACAUCUUUGGCGCUCUGCAAUUGGCAAAGGGUGCCAAGAUUGCGCCAGUUACGCAGAGUACGGCUGAUACAAGCUGGAACUUUCAGCACGAGUCUGGCUGGAGUGCUGUUUAUAUCGGCGCAGCGGGUCAGGUUUCGGGCAUGACCUCAAAGGGUGCAUACUCCAGGCGUGUCACAAACCUCGGAGGACGCUGGCUCCAACUUGGCUACUGGGACGUUAGUGCACCGGGCUUCUUCGGUGACGAGUACUUCCAGCCGUAUGGCGGCCGGUACACAACUCCAAAUGCUGGAAAGUACUACGUCAGUGCCAACAUUCGUCUGGACAACGUGGACAGCGGCUACAUCUACUCCAAGAUUCUCAUCAACAACAACCUGUCUGGUCGCUCUCGCAUCACCUCGCUCAUGGGCAACCAGGUGUCCGGCGGACAGCCCAACACGCUGUCCAUGUCCGGUGUCCUCUACCUGCCCGCUUUCACCUACAUCAGCAUUGCCAUCGUGGCCAGCAGUGACAACGACUUCAUGAUCAACGGUGACAGUACUUUCUCCGUCAUUUACCUCGGAACCAACGACAACCCGGAGUGUGUCAAGGGAGGUCCAGUCAUUGCCGUACAUCCUCUGGACACGCAAGUGUUUGUGGGUGAUCCUCUGGUGCUGAACUGCCGUGCCCUGUCUGUGCCUCCCGCUACCUUAUCUUGGUACUUCAAUGGAGCGCUCGUACCUGGCCAGACUUCUGAAACCUUCAGCGUCACGGCCAGCAAUUCCGGUGCAGGAAACUACCAAUGCAGAGCUACAGCUAAUGGCCGCACAGUGAACUCGUUCACCGCUGCCGUUGUCGUUUACGGACACGAUGGCACCGUGCCUGGCUUUGCCGCUGAUGUUCUGAGCACCGUGACUUUGACAAACCAGAUGGCCAAGUGGUACACGGUCACCAGAUGGAGGGUAGGUGGUUUUGCAACCGGCACCGUGCCGGUACUAGUACAUCCAUCGAUAGAAUAUGAAAUGCAUUAUGCUGCGACGAAACCUUGCAAUCACUGUAUUUUGCACGGCUAAUUGCACUAAGAAGCC